UGCCGCGGGCCCCGGCGGCGGGGCCGUGCGCCGACAGGAUGGGCCGGUGGCGGGGCCGGGCGCGGGGCGUCGCGGUGGCCGUGGCGCACGGGCUGUGCUCGGGCUCGCUGAACAUCCUGCUGAAGUUCCUGCUGGCCCGCUACCACUUCGCCUUCCUGACGCUGCUGCAGUGCCUGAGCAGCGCGGCGGCGGCGCUGGGGCUGGAGGCGCUGCGGCGGCGGGGGCUGGCGGCGCUGCCGCCCUUCGGGCCCCGCCUGGCGCGCCCCUUCGCCGCCGUGGCUGCCCUGGCCACGCUGCAGUCCACCCUCACGCUCUGGUCGCUGCGCGGCCUCAGCCUCCCCAUGUACGUCGUCUUCAAGCGCUGCCUGCCCCUCGUCACCCUCCUCACCGGCGCCCUGGUGCUCCGCGACGGCAUGCCCUCGCCCGGCGUCCUCGUCGCCGUCCUCAUCACCACCUGCGGCGCCGCGCUGGCCGGAGCUGGUGACCUGACUGGGGAUGCUAUGGGCUAUGUGACAGGCGUGCUGGCCGUGCUGAUACACGCUGCCUACCUGGUGCUCAUUCAGAAGACCAGUGUAGAUAGUGAAUAUGGACCCCUGACAGCGCAGUAUGCCAUCGCUGUUUCAGCCACUCCUUUUCUCAUCAUUUGCUCCUUUGCCAGCAUGGAUUCCAUCAAUGUCUGGUCUUUCCCAGGGUGGAAGGACCCUGCCAUGGUAUGCAUCUUUAUUGCUUGCGUCCUGAUUAGCUGUGCCAUGAACUUUACCACCCUUCACUGCACUUACAUUAACUCAGCUGUGACCACCAGCUUCGUAGGGGUGGUGAAGAGCAUAGCAACCAUCACGGUGGGCAUGGUGGCAUUCAAUGAUGUGGAGCCCACAAAGUUAUUUAUAGCUGGUGUUGUGGUCAACACCUUGGGGUCUGUCAUUUACUGUGUGGCCAAGUACAUUGAGACCAGGCGGCAGAGCAAUUAUGAGGACCUGGAGAAAGAAGCUAGAGAAGAGGAGGGGGAAAGGCAGGCUGGGGACCAAGCACUAUUUGCCAUGGAGGCAAUUUCCCAGGAGAAGGGGACUGAGGAAGCAGCAGUGGAAAGAUCAGCCAUGGGGGACAGCCAGAGUGGAGAGAAAGAGAAGGAUGGCACUGAGAAACCUGCCAAGGGACGGGCGGUCCAGGGAAAAGCCACCAGCACACAAGAAGUGAACAGGAGCUUGCUGAAGGAUGCCUAUCUUGGAGUAUGGAGGUUGGUGAGGGGUGCUAAUUAUAUAAAGAAGGAUUAUUUGAUAGAAAAUGAAGAACUACCAAACCCUUAAAAAGCAGGUUUGAAAACCUAUUGCUUGAGGACAGACACCUGGUUCUCUGUACAGGGGGAAAGGCAGAGCAUACAUUUCCACAUCAGUACUGAUGGAUAAAUCCACAUCACGUAGGAUGACUUUACCUCAUUGUCAAAAAGCAGAAGGUCAGAGUUUGCUCAUGCUUUGAGCUUGCUUUCAGCUGCUUUCAGUACAUCAAUUUAGACCCACCACAGUUAAAGGUGCUGAGUCCUCUGCUGUGGACACAGAGAGGGUUGGGUAAUGGGAAGUCAUGGGGUGCUUGAGCAGCAGCCUGGGCUACAGGGGACAUCAGUACCACUGAGCUGGUUGGCAGUGCCAGUGGCACAGCAUUGGCCUUGUAGCUUAGCUCGUGUCUGGAGCCUGUGACUUUAAGACCAUUGGGAGGCUCUGUUGAUGUGCUUCCGUUUCUCUAUCUGUCCAGUUUAGGUACUCUAUAGAAAUAUAUGCCUACAAUAUAUAAGAUCCUCUUAACUGUACUUCUGUGUGCUCCUCUGUGUCAAUAGAAUUGCAACAGAGCUAGAGGUUGUGCCACUUCAAUUAUAUUGGUGUAAAAUCACCCUCUUAACUGAAGAACUGAAACUCUCCCUGAUUCGGCGGCCAGGCUGUGCCUUGGACCUGGUUUACAUUGGGUGGUUUGUGUCUUCAGUAGAAUUACUUUUGUCUUGUGCUGGUGUACCUGAAAGCAGAAUCAGAUCUGAACUUCUGAGAAACUUUGGUUAGCCAAAGGUUGUUUUUCUAUGAGCUUUAACCACAUAUGGCAUUGGGAAUAUUAGCUCGACCCAAAUAAAAGAGUUGGGAAAGGUUGGUAUGUAUUGAUUUGAUUUGAGAGGGCUGUAAAAAAUUAGGGAUACAGUCUGUGCCUUGUGCUAUCCCCUCCUUGUACCCUAAAGCUGGGUGAAUCAGAGCCUGAACUGGAACAUAUGCAUCCUCUCCAUCUCCCUCUCUAAGGAGUACAGGCUGAUAGCAGAACUGGGGACUCCAUCUCUCUGGGAUUCCCAGGGGUGCUUUUGCAGGACAGUUUUGCUGUAUCCUGGUGAUGUGCUGGGACACAGUUUUGUGUGUAUCAGCCCCCACUGUCCCUGUGCUGUGGUGUCCAGUGGAAGAAAAUGUGGGCAGGCAGGCAGGAGCUGCAAUGUGCUCCUGGCACAUCCCGCAGCUGAGCACUCGUGGGCCAGGGUGCUUGGUGUACUCGGCAGCGAGACGUCCUGGCUUUGGUGGAAGCUGCUCCCCUGUGCCCAGACCAUCCCCGCUCGGGUGCUCCUGUGGGAAGCAGGAAGCAGGUGCUCCAGCAAAGCCUCUACUGGAUGUGCUAAUGUUUUGUACCACAUACAUUUAACGGCAAACACUGGGGAAACAGAUGUUUGAGUAUUUCUUAGCCUGGGGAUACCCUUCUGGUAGGUUCGAGUCUUUGGGUCAAGCCUUUGAUCAGAACUAGGCAGAGAAGAGAUUUGACUCUGAGUCUUCCUCAGGUGCCCGAGCCAUCAGGCCAUCUUGACCACAGGCUGAAGCAAGCUGUUAUCAUCUCCCGAAAAAAUGAACCAAGUGUUUUUUUGUUGUUAUUGCUAUUGUUGUUGUAAUUAUUAUUAAUUUAUUAAGCCACUGAACUGAAAAUCAAUUAUUCCCACAGCCCUAAUUAAUCAGUGCCUAGCCCAAUACUUUCUCAAGCCAAGGCAGCAUUAGCCUCACAGCGCGUUCAGCACUGAAAUCUGAAAUGAGCAAUUUAGCCAGCAGGGAAUAUCUGCAAAACUGAUCUCUGGGGGAGCUUUAGAUUCUUGUCAAUAAAUGCAGGCAGAAACAUGGGUGCGACAGUAUGUUUUCUGAGUGAGUGCGUAAGUUGGGUGACCUGUUAUCACCCCAUGAGUUUUGAAAGAGAUGGCUAUAAAGACAUUCAGGCUAAAAGCCUGUAGCUGCUGAGCUGGGGGAUGGGGCAUGGAGAUUUGUACAUCACACAUUAUGUAUAGCUAGUGUUUAAGAGUCGAGAGAUACUGGCUAUAUGCCAAAACACGUUUACUUUCUGUUCAAGCUCCAUAUGGCACCUUUUCCAAUAAAAGCACUAUUUAUUGUUUAUAGGCUAAUGUAAUAGGGGUUUUGUUAGUUUUUCAAAUGCAUCCUAGACUAAAGAAGUUUGUGCCUAUGACUUAUAGUUCCAUAUUACUGAACUCAUUACAAUAUUGAACUGCAUUGUAAUCAUACUGAAGAGAAACUCACAUUUCUGGUCUGUCCUCACUGUGCUCAGUGUUUUCUGUCCACAAGAAAUGCGGAUCUUUUUACCACCUGGAUGCCAGUCUUAGAUCUUGUAGUGUACACUUGCUAGAGAAAGCUCUCCCCCUGGACUCUUGUUGCAGGACUUUUUCCUGGGGGAGUUCAAUGUUUUGCCACUUAACUGUUGUUGAAGUAUUAGUAGAAACUUCCGGAAAUUCCAACAGCUUUGACUGUUAAAAAAGCUGCUGUUACGAUGUUGUACAUUUGCAUGUAUAGUUGAAAUGUGAUUAUAUUGUAUUCUGUUUAUACCUGUAAAUUCCCUAAAUUAAAAUGGGAAUUUGGCAAAUGCAGUCCAAUUUUUCAGUAGCAGAGACUGUCACACAAUAAAAUAAAAAUACUGCCUCGAGCUGAGGUAUUUUAAUAGGAUCAGCCGAAGACUGAAG